GAAUGAACAGCUCCUUGGCUCAUAAAGUAAUCAGAGAGCUUCUCUGCUCCGUCAGAGCGGCACAGUCAUGAGCCAGCCGAGCUCCCCGUCCUCCAGACCCGCGCUGACACUUUGCCCGUCCCCCUAACACGCACCACGGCACCAUGAAGAGGCAAAACGUGAGGACCCUCGCCCUCAUUAUCUGCACCUUCACCUACCUGAUAGUCGGGGCCGCGAUCUUCGACGCGCUGGAAUCCCGGAUGGAGACGACCCAGAGGAGGGAGCUGCGCCUGAGGAAAGCAGAACUGCUCAAGAGAUUCAACCUGUCCCCGCAGGACUUCGACGAGCUGGAGAAUGUGGUGCUGGACCUCAAGCCGCACAAAGCCGGGAUGCAGUGGAAAUUCGCCGGCUCGUUUUACUUCGCCAUCACUGUGAUCACCACCAUUGGAUAUGGCCAUGCAGCCCCCAGCACAGAUGGAGGGAAGGUGUUCUGCAUGCUUUAUGCCCUCCUGGGCAUCCCGCUCACCUUGGUCAUGUUCCAGAGCGUGGGUGAGCGGAUCAACACAUUCGUCAGGUACCUGCUCCACCGCCUGAAGAAGUGCCUUGGCAUGAGGCGCACUGAGGUCUCCAUGGUCAACAUGGUGAUCAUCGGCUUCAUAUCCUGCAUGAGCACACUGUGCUUGGGAGCGCUGGCCUUCUCACACUUUGAGGGAUGGAGCUUCUUUCAUGCUUACUACUACUGCUUUAUCACGCUCACCACCAUCGGCUUCGGGGACUAUGUAGCGCUGCAGAAUGAGCACGCUUUGCAGAACAAGCCGGAGUAUGUGGUCUUUAGCUUCAUCUACAUCCUGACAGGCCUGGCUGUGAUUGGAGCCUUCCUCAACUUGGCAGUGCUAAGGUUCAUGACCAUGAACGCCGAGGACGAGAAGAGAGAUGCCGAGCAGAGGGCUCUCCUCUCUCAUAAUGGUCAGGCGGGUGGACACAUUCACUGUUCAGUAGACCAGGCCUCCACCUCCUCCACACCGUCUGUGUGCGGCGGAGGAAGCGCAGUCGAAGGUGGUGGGGGCGGGUCGGGGAGCCGGGGUCUACGUAAUGUUUACGCCGAAGUGCUACACUUCCAAUCCAUGUGCUCUUGCCUUUGGUACAAGAGUAGAGAGAAGCUGCAAUACUCCAUACCCAUGAUCAUCCCACGUGACCUCUCCACUUCGGACACCUACAUGGAGCAUGGAGAGGCUUUUUCCAACACCCUGCACUCAAACGGCUGCGUGUGCAGCAUGCAACGCCACUCGGGCAUCAGCUCAGUUUCCACUGGUCUUCACAGCAUUAACACCUACAGGAGACUCAAGAAACGCAGAAGCUCCAUCUAAACCUGGAGUACUUCAUGCUUUAAAGUCAAGUCCCACAAGAGUGCCCUUCUACUGUGGUACUAGAUUAUCUGAGGACAUCAGGGGAGCACGACUCCAGCCCUAAAGAGACGCACUACUCUUGAUGUGUGCUUCUUUCUGGCAAGAGCCUGCUGCUGUCUCCAGACUCAUGUAUUUAACUUCCAUUAGCUCAGCACAAACCAUGUUACAUUACAUUACAGCACAAACCAUGUUACAUUACAUUACAUUACAUGUCAUUUAGUUGACGCUUUUAUCCAAAGCGACUUACAAUUGCUCUGGAACAACUAGGGGUUAAGUGUCUUGCUCAGGGACACAUUGGUUGAUGUAUUGCAGUGGGAAUCAAACCCAGGUCUCCCACACCAAAGGCACCACUGCACCAUCACCACCCUAUGUAGGACUAACAUAGUAACUGAUGUCACUGAGAGAGAAUGCUAAUGGUUGUUUGGGAAGCAUUCAGUACACAAACUCUGAGACUGUUGCAGUUAGAAGACAAGGGGAAAACACACGUGUGCAGCUCUCUCUGCACUUCUGAAUUCCAAUAUUAAAUGUCAUAAUAUUGAAUUCUGUAUUUUUUUUGUUCAUAAGACAAAAUUUUAAUGUUCUAAUACAUAUAAAGGGACAAAGUACACUGUGAGACAUGUUUUUAAGAGGGAUUGUACAUAAUGCCCCCACUAUGAAGAAAUAUUUUAUUGAAUAAUCCACGUUUUCCAAAAAGACUCUUAAUCUUUGGUUGAAAGAAUUAUACUCAAUGCAGUGAAAUUGAAAGGUGUACAGUAUAUAUUUGGACACUUAACUUGUAGGUGUUGAGGGUUGAGGGAAAGCUUAUUUUUACAGUGAAAGAUUUAAAAAAAUAAAUAUAUUCUCAGUGUCUUCUCAUGUGUGUCUGUAACUAAAGUGCAGGUUCAAGCCAAA